GCGCAAAUUUAAUUUAUUUACGAGGUGGGAUGACUACAUUUCAAGGACCUCAAAUGCUCUUAACAGAGAUUUCUUACAACAUGUUUUUUUAGGAAACUCAUUAAAACAAUCCUUUAAUUUCUAGGGACUCUUUUAGAAUUUUUUAAGGUAGAAUUUUAUUUAUUCUUCACAAAGAACCUCUUUAAGUUGAAGAGCCAACGUCCAGAGACAAAAAGCAGAGUAACCGAAUCAGCAAAAUGUCAGAAGGUCUCUCAAGGUGUCUGGCUCUGGUCUCGAAAAACCGGUAGAUCUCGUCUCCAUCGUCGAAUCUCCAUGGAGAAGAGUCUUCUGCGAAAUCUUCUUGUCCAUUUGCCGGCCGACCUGUCAGAUUCAAUUCUCCUCCAUCCUCCAGUCUCCGGUCUCCGGCCAGUCACGGUUGAUUUUAUGCGACAGUUCAACUUCAGCAUUUGCCAUUUUUUUGCAGGAAGCGUCUCGACUCGGCUCCAUCCCCCAAAAUGCUCCCCCCGCCCCGCCGUUGAAGGCUAUUCAUAUUACCAUAUUGGCAACUGGUUUUUGAAUAUUUUUUUUAAAAAGACCCACUGCAGUUUGGGAUUUGUUUUCUGUUUCGCAUGCGUUUUGAAAUUAAUGCAAAACAUUUCUGCGAUCUGGCAGCCGGAGGCUCAAUUCCCAGUGCCGGGGCUACCGAACAGGUUGGAGUUAAAGUUGAUUUGUGUGCUUAGUAUAAUUGCUGCGAUUAUCGAGUCGGCGAAGAGGAGUCGCAGUCGUCGGUUCGUAGUCGUUUGCGUUAAGCGAUUGUCAAGUGUAUUCAAAUCCGAAAGAUGCAAUCUCCCCCAUGGAGGAGCUUGAAUGGGGUUUGUCUCGUCUUGGCGAAUGGCGAAUGCCAGUGGCGUGGGCCAGUCAGAGGGGGAUCUGCGAUAUGAAUCAAAAUUUGAAUAAUCGUCACUACCAAGGCUGAACUAGCUGGUGGAGUGCGCGUCACAGGUGACUGAUCUUUGAUCCAUUUUGAUUGGAUCUCUUGAAGACUUGUGAGUCGAAAAUGGAUUGACCGACAAGUGGGAUUAGAGCCGUUCAUUACCAAGGUCAUGGGGGAGUUGAGGAGCUGAAAACUGAAGACCGAAGCCGAAAAUGAUUUUAAAUCUCUGAAAACAACGGCGCUGAGAAAGAAAGAAAGGCCACAAAGGCCCCCUGAAAGACAGAGCCGUGCUGCUCCACAAAAAUUAGCAUAAUUAAGGUGCCUACCCAAUGGCUGACCAUUGAGAGAUAUCGAGAAAUAGACGCACUUUUGUGCCGCGAUCAUCAACACUAUCAAAUGCAAAUGAGCCCACAUCGACGGAGGCGACAUCACUCAAGAGCCGAAAGCCAGACUCCAAAACUUUGAGCUAACCAUUGCAUAAUAGGGCCCAGGCUGCGCCAGCUAACCGAACACGACCUCAUUUACAAAAUCGCAAGCUUUGAUCAAACAGAAACUACACAACAAAACUACAAAAAUAAAUAAAUAAAACCAAAAACUACACAAAAGACUCCAACUUUUGCAUGACGUAUACGCAACGUGGGCCGCAGUAAUGGAUCUAAUGGAGCUGCUGCAUCAGCUGGCCUGGAAUGCUUUCGAUAUCUUCAAGAUCUACAUUAAGUUCGCUCUGCUGACGCUGGUCUUCUACCUCAUAGCCGAGUGGUACAUCCUCCGGUAUGGAGCCGAGCUGGAGGCCCAGCUGGACGCCCACCUGGCGGAGGGGGCACCGCUGCAGGGGCAGUCCCCCGGGGAGCGGCCCGAAUCGAACAGCACAUUGAGCAAGGUGCUGCGAUUUGUGGUGAACUUCUUCAUCCUAUAAUCGAGUGACUGAUCGGACCGGGCCACUCAAUCGAAACGCACUCACUCAAUCACAAGCUCAUGGCGGCAAGGUCAAUCUCAUCGCAGCUGAAUCGGUUUAUUGGAUUUUGUGCUUUUAUUUCGCGGAAUUGCAAUUCGUUUCAGCUACCACAUCUCAAGGCCCCUCCCCGUCAAGAGAAUGUAACCGACCACUUUUGAUACAAUCGAACCAGUUGCAUUUAACAACAAAAAACAGAAAAACUAACUCAAAAGCCACCAAGUAAACACAAUCUUUAUAUGUAAUAAACAAUAACAAUAAGGAGCUGAACAAAAAAACAA